AUGAUGGUUUCUUCGUUCUUUGCAGGUUCUAAUCGCCAUGGGUGUGUCCUUUGCUGGCGAUUUGAACAAUCUGAUCUCAUACGUGGCAUUCGCGCAAUGGUCUCAAAGAGCUUGCACCAUGGGAGCUUUGGUGUGGAUUCGUUUUCGGCGUUGGCCCGUUCAUCCCGAAAAGAUUCGCAUGCCCAUUGUCAUGCCGAUCCUUUUCUGUAUCAUCUGUACUACUAUGGUCGUCGUUACAAUCAUCGACAACUUCUCUUCGGCUUCUGUUGGUCUAGGUUGGUGUUCCUUUGUUGGGUUCUACCAUAA